AUGUUCAACAGUACUGUUGCGGCAGAUGUCCUCUCCGCUAACAUCUCAAGGCCUGUUAGGGACAUCGACUGGGACCCUCCGGUUUUGUUCGACCCUCGAAGUUCAGCCGCAACGCCAUCGCGCGGCCCGCUGAUUGCCGAGCUCACGGUUCAAGAUGUCCAGAAGCGUUUCCCUACAGCAUCCAUGGAAGAAAUUGAGGAAUUCGUCAGACUUCAGCAACAGAACAUUGCUCUCUUAUCGCAAAUCCGUCAGAAGCGAUCGGAGUACUGUCGUGCUAUCCGCAACAACAUGGGCGAGGUUGUCUUCACGCAUACAGCUGGAUCUCCAAGAACCAUUCAAGAGAACGGAAAGUUCAUUGUGGAGAACUAUGCUGGGUCCAACUUGAUCAAAAUCGACUGUAAGACGAAAGAGAACGUGCACAUUCGAAACUGCAGGGGGGUGGAUGGAACACUGAACAUCAAAGUCGAUGGCUUGACUAGCAACUUGUACGUCGAGAACUGCACGGGAAUCCGGGUCCUCGUCGAGGCCAUCUUGUUUUCAGGAGCAGCUGUGGAGUGCUCUAAUAUCGAUCUAGUGAUCGGCGCGGAGCUGCCAGGCUUUCUGUUGAGGAACAUCCGAGGAGCAAGUUUGACUUUCUGUCCUGACAACAUCGACGGAGCCAUCGAGUCCGUUAACUGCUCGGAAGUUUCCCUUCACUGCGUCUUCCGCAACGGCUUCCUUACACUAAACACACAUGAUCUCGUCAACGCCAGCGCCAAGUACAUCGCCACCCUCCCUUCCACCGUCUGCACUCGCAUCAUCCGCACGCGAGGAGAGGCGAACGCUGUGGUCAAGCACGAGGCAAGGGCUCGGGGGUCCAUCGAGAACGACAUAGAGAUAGAGUGGAAGAAAAGGAUGAAAGGGAAAUUGAGCCAAGAGGUUUACGGGCUGUAG